GUGCCUGUUGCAUAUGCAUAUGACACCACCCCUCUUUAUGUCCUGGGUCUUUAAAAGGCAGCUGCUCAGGUCAGGGUAGGCAGCAGCCUCCUCUUUACUCCCAAGCAGGAAACAUCUGUCAGGAUCCACUCACCAGGCUGCCACUGAGUUAGGAGCAGUCAGUCGCAGCUCCGCUCACAAACAGACGACAGACGAGCAUCUGCCAAGAAUCACUCACCAGGAUGAAGAAGUUGUUCAUUGACGCGGACACGGGGGUGGAUGAUGCUCAGGCCAUCAUGGUGGCGCUCACGGCCCCCGAUGUGGAGAUUCUGGGUAUCACCUGCUGCUAUGGCAACACACCCCUGGAGAACGUCCUGAAGAACACGCUCCGUGUCCUGAAAGUCUGCAACAGGCUGGAUAUCCCAGUGUACCGUGGCUGCUCAGGGCCCCUGCUGGCCAAGAGACGCGAUGCUGGAGACUAUCAUGGGAAGGAUGGACUGGGCGAUGUCCCGGAUCCAGACGCUCCAGGCCUGGACCUGCUGCAGAAGAGAAGAGGGGUGACUGCCAUGAUCAAGACUGUCAAUCAAAACCCUGGGGAGGUGAGUCUGGUUGCCACAGCCCCCCUUACUAACCUCGCUGUCGCAGUGCAACUGGACCCUUCCUUCCCCAAAAAACUGAAGGCUCUCUACAUUAUGGGAGGAAACACUGACUCCAGGGGGAACACCACAGUGUGUGGAGAGUUUAACUUCGUGGCUGACCCUGAGGCUGCCUACAUUGUGUUGGAGCGCUACACCUGCCCCACCUAUAUCGCUCCCUGGGAGUUCAGCUGCAGGAACAGCCUGCCAUGGUCUUUCUGUAAGGAAUGGCUGUGCCAAAACACAGAGAAGGCUGCCUUUAUGAAGAAGAUCACCGCCCUCUCAAUGACAAAAGCUCAGUCAGAGGACUAUCAAAAGGAGAUCACAGAAGGAAAAGGGUUCAACUCCUGCGACACCUAUGCCAUGGCAGCAGCCAUCGAUGACUCAUUUGUAACAGAGAGUGACGAGGUUGGGGUGACAGUUGAGCUGGAGGGAAAAUUCACCCGCGGCAUGAUGGUGCUGGACUACAUGGAGCUGCUGAGCAAGAAACACAAGGCUUUCAUCAUGAAAACUGUGGAUUUGGAGAAGCUCAAGGAAAUGUUCAUGAAUUCACUCAAGUAGAAAGAUACUGCAACAAGCUAAAGGCGUGAAACAGAUAAUAGAGUACAAACCGUAGCCACAAUUUUUAGCAGAUGUAAACAAUAAAAAGGCCCACUAGAUUUAACAGUGGUGAGGUGGUUUUAUUAGACACUGAAUUACCACACAAACUUGGCUUACCCAUCCACAUACAGGUAAAAGAAUACACAUGAGAAAAUGGAUUUCAUUCAUUUCAAGGGGUCUAAUUUCUCUGUGUAUCAAUGUGCCAGAGGAGGAGAGAGAGAGAGAGGCCCGUCCAGUUGCGACACAGUUCAGUGGAACAUUGAAAACAUUUGGAGGAUAAAUCAUGGUGUACUUCAGUGUCAGAUUAUUGGAAGGACUCUUUCAUAUCAGUAAAAGGCACUACAAUCACUCCCAACAUAGCUACAUAAGCCAGUGUUUAGACCCCUUGAAGAAGCACUGACAAAGUAACGUGUAAGCUAGAUAGUAAAAUUAUGGUCACACUCACACUCUGUUAUUUUGACACUGGCCUUCUUUGAGUCAUGAAAACAAUCUAAAACUGAUCAUCUUUGCAGAACAUGUACUCACCCUCAGCUGCAAACACACACACACACACAACGCCGGAAGCAAACGCUUUGUGGUCCCACAUAAUCAUAUACAUUGGUUAUAGCUGGCAAAGAGCUUAUAACAGACUGGGUCGGGAAGCAUGUGCAGAAAAGCUGUUAAUUAUUCAGACUGGAUGUUCAUGUAUGGGUGAUCUUACUUUUUCCUCUAAUACUCAUGAUGAGUGAUAGCUGGUAUAGUGUUAUCUUUCACAGAGACACUGACCACACGUUUCAUAGGCUAUUUCAUUAACUCCUUAUAAACUGUGUUCUCAUAUACCUGCUGUCUUGGCUUUGCUGUUUGAGAGGGUUGUGUCUAUUUCUCCUGUAAUUAGAGCUAAGAAAUGUCUCUUAUAUGGAAAAUGUAAAGAAAAAGGGAUUACACCAUAAAAUCUAAUAAAAACCUCCCACGACAUACAA